GGAGGAUCGGGGGCGUGGCCGGGGCGCACUGCGCUGUGGCUAUUCCCUUUCCCCCAGGGCCCACGGGGGGCGGAUCGGGGGCGUGGCCGGGGCGCACUGCGCUGUGUCUAUCCCCUGCCCCCCAGGGCCCACGGGGGGCGGAUCGGGGGCGUGGCCGGGGCGCACUGCGCUGUGGCUAUUCCCUGCCCAGGGGGGCCUGCGGGGUGCAGAAGGCAGCGCCACCCUGGGGCUGCUCUAACUUACAGCAGCUCCUGGCAGACCCCAGAUCACCACGGGGAGUGCAAAGGGGGACGUCGCUGGGGUCAGGCCCGGCGCCGGGGAAGGGGACCCCGCUCCCCUCUGCCGUGGGGGGGCCGCCCCGCCCAAGAUGGCCCCGGGAGGGGGUGGAGCCCGGUGCAUUGUGGGCCCCGCCCAUAGCAGCGGCAGGCUCAGCUGCGCCAUGUCCCUGAUGGUGGCGGUCGGCGAGGGCCAGCCGGGGAGGAUGACGGCAGAUGACAUCAUCGCUGGCACGCGGCAGGUGGUGAAGGGGCUGGAGGCGCUGCGGAGCGAAAACAGGGGCAUCUCGCAGCAGCUGCAGGAGGCCCUGAUCCAGGGCCAUGGGCAGGAGGAGCCCCCGGGCAGCCGGGCCCUGCAGCUCCUGGAGGAGAAGUACGACCUCGUCCGCAAGUCCCUGGAGGGGAUUGAGCUGGGGCUUGGCGAGGCAAAGAUGAUGAUCGCGCUGUCGUCCCACAUCGGGGCGCUGGAGGCCGAGAAGCAGAAGCUGCGGGCGCAGGUGAAGAGGCUCUGCCAGGAGAACCUGUGGCUGCGGGAGGAGCUGGCGGGGACCCAACUGCGGCUGCAGCAGAGCGAGGAGAUGGUGGCGCAGCUGGAGGAGGAGAAGAAACAUCUGGAGUUCAUGAACCAGCUGAAGCAGUAUGACACCAAGGAAGAGCAGCUGGAAAAGGACAAGGCCCGUCCGCGGAAGGAUAGCCUGGCCUCCCUGUUUGCCAGCGACGAGGAUGAGCAGCGACAGGGGAGGCAGCCGACCAGCACGGCCAUGGAAGUGGCACAGCAGGGCGGCUACGAGAUCCCGGCCCGCCUGCGAACGCUGCACAAUCUGGUGAUCCAGUACGCCUCGCAGGGGCGCUACGAGGUGGCCGUGCCGCUCUGCAAGCAGGCGCUGGAGGACCUGGAGAAGAGCUCUGGGCACGGCCACCCUGACGUGGCCACCAUGCUCAACAUCCUGGCGCUGGUGUACAGGGACCAGAACAAGUACAAGGAGGCCACGGACCUGCUGAAUGAUGCGCUGGACAUCCGGGAGCAGGCCCUGGGUGUGGAGCACCCGGCGGUGGCCGCCACCCUGAACAAUCUGGCCGUGCUGUACGGCAAGCGGGGCAAGUACAAGGAAGCGGAGCCGCUGUGCAAGCGGGCGCUGGAGAUCCGCGAGAAGGUCCUGGGCACCACGCACCCCGACGUGGCCAAGCAGCUCAACAAUCUGGCCCUGCUGUGCCAGAACCAGGGCAAGUUCGAGGAGGUGGAGCGCUACUACGAGCGGGCGCUGCGCAUCUAUCAGAGCCAGCUGGGGCCCCACGACCCCAACGUGGCCAAGACCAAGAACAACCUGGCCUCCUCCUACCUGAAGCAGGGCAAGUACCAGCAGGCCGAGGAGCUGUACAAGGAGAUCCUCACCUCACAUGACAAGGAGCUGGCAGCUGCCCGCCAUGGUGACCCCGCAGCAGGCCAGAGCAGUGCAGACCCCCUGAGCCAGGAUGCCAUGGGCCAUGUGCGCCGGAGCAGCUCCUUCUCCAAGCUGCGGGAGUCCAUCCGGCGUGGCAGCGAGAAGCUUGUCUCCCGGCUGAAAGGCGAGAGCGUCCAGCCCAUCGACCCCAACCCUGGGAUGAAACGCGCCAGCUCCCUGAAUGUCCUGCAUGUGGGCGAGAGGCCACAGGUGCCAGCGGCUUCCCCAGCGGUGCCCAGCAGGAACCUGAGCGCCAGCAGCCAGAACCUCUCCCCCAGCAGCUCUCUCUCCAGUGCGGGCUGAGGUACUGGCAUGACCAGGCCAGCUGGAGUCUCAGCUCUGCUUGCUCCUGGCCCCCCCGCAGCCUGCCCGUUAACCCUCCAGGGAGCAGUGUGCACAGAGCAAGGGGCACUGCUGGCUGCAGCCCAGCCAGCCCCUGCGUUGGACCUCACUGGAUACAGUGAAUGUGCCCCCCUCAACUAGGAGCCACCAAGCCAAAGCCUGCCCCCUGCUGGGCCGCUCUUUCUCAGGAAGCCACUGGGCUCGGCCUGGCCCUGCUCCAGCUGCCUUAACUGCCCCCAGAUUGCAGGGGCCAGGGCUUGCUAUUUAUUCUAUUUAUAGGACAUGGUAGGUGAGAGCAGAACAAGCACAACCUGAAUAAAGGUGUUUGCUGACUGCUG